AUGGAGCUCCGGGGCCCCGGGGCGCCGCCGCCGCCGUCGCUGCCGCUGCUCCUGCUGCUCCUGGGGACCGGCCUUCUGCCCGCUUGCAGCAUUGUGGAGACCCGGGCCCAUGCAGAGGAGCGGCUCCUGAAGCGACUGUUUUCUGGUUACAACAAAUGGUCCCGGCCAGUGGCCAACAUCUCUGAUGUGGUCCUCGUCCGCUUUGGCCUAUCCAUUGCCCAGCUCAUUGAUGUGGAUGAAAAGAACCAGAUGAUGACAACGAAUGUAUGGGUGAAGCAGGAGUGGCAUGACUAUAAGCUGCGCUGGGACCCCAGAGACUACGAGAAUGUCACCUCCAUCCGCAUCCCCUCCGAGCUCAUCUGGAGGCCAGACAUUGUCCUCUAUAACAAUGCGGAUGGAGACUUCGCAGUCACCCACUUGACCAAGGCCCACCUCUUCCAUGACGGGCGGGUGCAGUGGACCCCCCCAGCCAUCUAUAAGAGCUCCUGCAGCAUCGAUGUCACCUUCUUCCCCUUCGACCAGCAGAACUGCACCAUGAAGUUUGGAUCCUGGACGUACGACAAGGCCAAGAUUGACCUGGUGAGUAUGCACAGGCGUGUGGACCAGCUGGAUUUCUGGGAGAGCGGGGAGUGGGUCAUCGUGGACGCCGUGGGCACCUACAACACCAGGAAGUAUGAAUGCUGUGCUGAGGUGUAUCCCGACAUCACCUAUGCCUUCAUUAUCCGUCGGCUACCGCUCUUCUACACCAUCAACCUCAUCAUCCCGUGCCUGCUCAUCUCCUGCCUCACCGUGCUGGUCUUCUACCUGCCCUCCGAGUGUGGCGAGAAGAUCACGCUGUGCAUCUCGGUGCUGCUCUCGCUCACCGUCUUCCUGCUGCUCAUCACCGAGAUCAUCCCGUCCACGUCACUGGUCAUCCCGCUCAUCGGCGAGUACCUGCUCUUCACCAUGAUCUUCGUCACGCUCUCCAUCAUCAUCACCGUCUUCGUGCUCAACGUGCACCACCGCUCGCCGCGCACGCACACCAUGCCCGCCUGGGUGCACAGGGUCUUCCUGGACAUCGUGCCACGCCUGCUGUUCAUGAAGCGGCCAUCUGUGGUCAAGGACAACUGCCGGCGGCUCAUCGAGUCCAUGCACAAGAUGGUCAACGCCCCACACUUCUGGCCUGAGCCAGAGGGGGAGCCCAACGUCCUGAGUGAUGCCCACAGCCGAGGCCUGUCACCCACCCCAUCCUUCUGUGUCCCCCUGGACACACCGGUUGAGUCCCAGCCUCCCUGCAAGUCACCCUCUGAUCAGGUCCCUGCUGUGCAGACCCCAGAGGCCAAGAAGGCCAGCCCGUGCCACUCGCCUGGUCCCUGCGACCCACCCAACAGCACUGAAGCCCUGGGGCUCGCCAAAGCUAGGUCUCUGAGUGUCCAGCACAUGUCCAGCCCCUGUAAGGCAGCUGAGGGUGGUGUCCGGUGCCGGUCUCGGAGUAUCCAGUACUCUGUUCCCCGAGAUAGCCCUGCCUCCCUGGCUGACAGCCACCCAGCUGGCUCCCCCGCUUCCCUGAAAGCCAGUUUGGCCAAGGUCCCACCCCCAGACCAGCCCUCUCCAUGCAAAUGCACGUGCAAGGAGCCAUCCCCCGUGUCCCCAGUCACCACUGUGCUCGAGGCCCGAGGUACCAAAGCACCGCCCCGGCACCUGCCCCUGUCACCGGCCUUGACGCGGGCAGUCGAGGGUGUCCAGUACAUUGCAGACCACCUGAAGGCAGAAGACACCGAUUUCUCGGUGAAGGAGGACUGGAAGUACAUGGCCAUGGUCAUCGACCGUAUUUUCCUCUGGGUCUUCGUCAUUGUCUGCCUGCUGGGCACCGUGGGCCUCUUCCUGCCACCCUGGCUGGCCGGCAUGAUCUAGGGACAGAGCCAGCAUGGC